CGGCCUUCCGGGGUGGGAGGAGAGGUAGCCCCUGCGGGGGAGAGUAGGAAGCCAGGCAGUGUGUGGGAAACCACGCUACCCACAAGCUCCUACACCUGAAACUGGCCCUAGGACAUUGUCCAGACCACCAAGUGUACCCCUCUUCUCCUCCGCCCUCCAGAGGACGCCGGAUUUUAGAUCUUCAGUCUGGUGGUCUCGUCAGAUACCCCUCCUGUUUGGUUCUUUCCUUCUCAUUGUCCUACCUGAUAGGACAGUGUUAGUAAUCUGUUUAAUAAGUGGGGAAACUGAGUCAGGGCUGCUGGGUUACUUGCCCAAGGUCAUAUCCUGGGGGAGCCACGGCAAGAAGCCAAGACUCUCACGGACUACUUCUAAGCUUUUUCCAAAGGAUAUAAUAGCCUUUCUAAUAGGAAAAUCAAUGUUUUUAAUUAUAAAGCUACUUUUACAAAAUCUUGGGAAAACUGCUUCCUCCGACCUGUGAUCUAGGGAGAAAAAUAUGACAAUUUCUCCCUUACUAAUCACGGAGGGCCCUGAUAGGCGGCGGAGUUGUAACUUGAAGACCUCACAGCAGGUGGAGAGGCAGAGCUGUGAAUUCUACUCUAAUUUCUGGAAUCCCCAGCGACAGAGUCCAACCCCAGGCAGCAGGCGCCAUGUACUCCAGGGACUUUUAAUGUGUGUGCAGCUGUUGAGCAAGAAUACCUUGAACUUCCAAAUGAUGUGCUGGCACGCUGGUGCUCAGGAACAGCCCAUGGAAGAAUCAUAUGAAGAGGUGGUGACUGAGGUCGUAAGCAGGAGUGGACAUGUUUGGAUUUCCAACAGCUACCCUGCUGGACUGUCAUGGAAGAUAUGCCCAGAAUGUAGCGUUCUUCAAUGUGAUGACUGAAGCCCACCACAAAUAUGACCACUCUGAGGCUACAGGAUCCUCAAGCUGGGAUAUCCAAAAUUCUUUCAGAAGAGAGAAGCUGGAACAAAAAUCCCCAGAUUCGAAGACAGUACAGGAAGAUUCACCUGGAGUGAGACAAAGGGUCUAUGAGUGCCAGGAGUGUGGAAAAUCCUUCCGGCAAAAAGGUAGUCUAACGUUACAUGAGAGAAUCCACACUGGUCAAAAGCCUUUUGAGUGCACCCACUGUGGAAAAAGCUUCAGGGCCAAAGGCAAUCUUGUUACACAUCAGCGGAUACACACGGGAGAGAAGCCUUAUCAGUGCAAGGAGUGUGGGAAAAGCUUUAGUCAACGAGGUAGUCUCGCUGUCCACGAGAGACUCCACACUGGACAGAAACCCUAUGAGUGUGCUAUUUGUCAGAGAAGCUUCAGGAAUCAGAGUAACCUUGCUGUUCACAGGAGAGUUCACAGUGGUGAGAAGCCCUAUAGAUGUGAUCAGUGUGGAAAAGCCUUCAGUCAGAAAGGAAGCUUAAUUGUUCACAUCAGAGUCCACACGGGCCUGAAGCCCUAUGCCUGUACCCAGUGCAGGAAGAGUUUCCACACCAGGGGGAAUUGUAUUCUGCAUGGAAAAAUCCACACAGGAGAGACACCCUAUCUGUGUGGCCAGUGUGGAAAAAGCUUCACCCAGAGAGGGAGUCUGGCCGUGCACCAGCGAAGCUGCUCACAGAGGCUCACCCUUUGACCACUCUCUUGAAGAGAAGUUCUCUUUAUGAAUUAAGAGUACAAAAUCCUCUGAGAUGAAGCAACCUAUCCAGUUCUAUGGAAUGAAUGGAGAAUCAGAAAGACCAUCAUCGGGCAGGGCAAACUGACUUUUCUCCUUUCCCCCAAAAGAGUAUGAAAAAUAAAUGUCUUGUUUAUUAUCAUUA